UGCUGAGGAAAGACUCGAACCUAAAGUCUCUGGCGCCACCCCCACGCAGCCCCAACGUCUCCGCAAGCCUACGCAUGCUCCCUGCGACGCGCACGCGCACUAAAGCAGAACCCGCGGGCCUGUUGAGGCCAACCACCUCCAUCGACGCCAACCACCUCCAUCGACGCAUGCUCAGUCUGGCGCUCACGCUCGAUUCUUGCGCGCCCAGCCCGCGGCGCAUGCGUAGGGUCGGCAGCCCGCGAGACCUGAUUUCAGUUUGGCCUCGCGAUAUUUCAUCCAGCUGUUCCUCCCUCCGGCUGGCCUUCCUUCGGUGCUGCUUCCGGGAUGCCCUGACCUGUCCUGGGUUGACCGGUACCGGUUCUCUUAAUUCUCUCCUGCGACGCUCCUGGGCCCCCAGACUCCAUUUACAGGCUGGUGGCUUCGGGUGGACCCUACUCACCCCUACCCUACCCCAUCUCGGAGAGCCCGCUGCGCCCCAGGAACCAAUCAGCAGCCGCCUUAGGUGACCAUGUCUGAGUCUGGGCACAGUCAACCGGGACUCUAUGGGAUAGAGAGGCGGCGGCGCUGGAAGGAGCCAGGCCCUGGCGGCCCCCAGAAUCUCUCCGGGCCUGGAGGUCGGGAGAGGGACUACAUUGCACCCUGGGAAAGAGAGAGACGGGAUGGCAGCGAAGAGACCAGCACAGCGGUCAUGCAGAAAACCCCCAUCAUCCUCUCAAAACCUCCAGCAGAGCGGUCAAAGCAGCCCCUGCCUCCAGCAGCCCCUGCUGCCCCGCCUGCCCCGGCCCCUCUGGAGAAGCCCAUUGUGCUCAUGAAGCCCCGGGAGGAGGGGAAAGGGCCGGCGGCCACAACGAGUGCCUCAACCCCCGAGGGCACUGCCCCACCUCCCCCAGCGGCCCCUGUGCCACCCAAGGGGGAGAAGGAGGGGCAGAGGCCCACACAGCCCGUGUACCAGAUCCAGAACCGGGGCAUGGGCACUGCCGCCCCAGCAGCCAUGGACCCUGUCGUGGGCCAGGCCAAACUGCUGCCCCCAGAGCGCAUGAAGCACAGCAUCAAGUUGGUGGAUGACCAGAUGAAUUGGUGCGACAGUGCCAUUGAGUACCUGUUGGAUCAGACCGAUGUCCUGGUUGUUGGUGUCCUGGGCCUGCAGGGGACGGGCAAGUCCAUGGUCAUGUCGUUGUUGUCAGCCAACACUCCGGAGGAGGACCAGAGGGCGUAUGUUUUCCGGGCCCAGAGUGCCGAAAUGAAGGAGCGAGGGGGCAACCAGACCAGUGGCAUCGACUUCUUUAUUACCCAAGAGCGGAUUGUUUUCCUGGACACACAGCCCAUCCUGAGCCCCUCCAUCUUGGACCACCUCAUCAACAAUGACCGCAAGCUGCCUCCAGAGUACAACCUGCCCCACACCUACGUUGAGAUGCAGUCACUCCAGAUCGCCGCCUUCCUCUUCACGGUCUGCCACGUGGUGAUAGUCGUCCAGGACUGGUUCACGGACCUCAGUCUGUACAGGUUCCUCCAGACAGCAGAGAUGGUGAAACCCUCCACCCCAUCUCCCAGCCAUGAGUCCAGCAGCUCGUCAGGCUCCGACGAAGGCGCCGAGUACUACCCCCACCUGGUCUUCCUACAGAACAAAGCUCGCCGGGAGGAUUUCUGUCCCCGCAAGCUACGGCAGAUGCACCUGAUGAUCGACCAGCUCAUGGCCCACUCCCACCUGCGGUACAAGGGUGAGGGUCUCCCGGCUGCUCCCAAGCUGGCCUGUGGCCCCCUGGCUCCCAAUCCAGUCCCAUGGCCCUGCCCCCAGACUUGGGAGGAAGGUACUCUGUCCAUGUUGCAGUGCAAUGUCUUCCCUGGGCUCCCGCCUGACUUCUUGGACUCUGAGGUCAAUCUGUUCCUGAUGCCCUUCAUGGACAGCGAGACAGAGAGUGAAACCCCGCCUCGCGCAGGCCCUGGUUCCAGCCCCCUCUUCUCCCUGCUCCCUGGGUACCGAGGCCACCCCAGCUUCCAGUCCUUGGUGAGCAAGCUUCGGAGCCAGGUGAUGUCCAUGGCCCGGCCGCAGCUGUCGCACACGAUCCUCACCGAGAAGAACUGGUUCCACUAUGCCGCCCGGAUCUGGGACGGGGUGAAGAAGUCCUCCGCCCUGGCAGAGUACAGCCGCCUGCUGGCCUGAGGCCAAGGGGAGGAAUGUCACACAGAAAACCCCCUUCCGGGCCCCCGGUGGGUGGUGACGGGCUCCCACAUUCUCCCCCCACAGGGUGGAGAAGGGCAGCAGGCCUGAUGGACGAGGGACCGCGACUUCCUCGUCCAGAGACACGAGGGGUCCAGGGCCAGGCCCCUACCCUCCAGGGAGCGUUGUUCAGGGGGCGACUGAGAUCCAGCCCUGUAGCUGGGCGGGGCAGUCCAUCCUUAGCCCCCAGGGCCAAGCAGUGGGAGGAGCCUGCGUGGUCACCAGGAAGCCCCACUCCGAGCCAGCCUCCCUCUGCAGGGACCAGAGCAGCAGGUCCCUCUGCCCUGACUCCAGGCUCCUGCCUGGAAGGUGAGGCGGCUCUGGGGAGCUCUUCAUCGGAGCGUCUGGUGGUUGGAAUAAACACAGUCACGCAA